AUGCCAAAGUUUACCGACGGCACCUUCAAGAUGUUAUUGAGGUUUCUACAGGAUCUUGGUUAUAGCCAACAUGCUGCUGAACAAAUCGAUUGCGAUACUAUUGAAAUAACACUACAAAAACUUCAAUAUCCUAUAGCUUUAAACGAACAAGAUGUUGUUGCUUUUGGACAAGAUGAUGUAUUUGUUUCGUUAUCAUUGCUAAAGUGCUUACAAUGGACAAUUACUUUAAUAAAGUGCCAUGAUGAAAUCGAUCAAGAUGAUUUACUUUUUCCAGUUGCUCAAUUGAUCAAUAAUGAGGAUAGUUAUCGUUUAUACAACAAGCGCGCUGUAUACGAAUUUUGUGUUGAAACCUUGCCAAUUAACGAUCGACAGAAAGUAGAUGAUCUAUUUGAAACUUAUAAUUCAGCCUUAGUAGCGGUUGAUCCUUAUACUCCAAAGACUCUGUCUGGAGCUUUAGAUGAACUAACAGAUGACUUUUAUCGAUAUUUACGUAAUCUGCCUGAAGCAGCUGAAAUUUGUGAUAGGAUGGAUUAUAUGAUCUACAUAACGAAAAAUGACAACAAUAAAAGAAAACAUAAACUACAAAUUAUGGAGGAAGAAAUAGAGCGGAUCGAAAAUGACACGAACGAACGAAUGAAACAAUAUAGGAUGGAAUUGGAUGAUGUCAUCUCUCGAUAUCAAUUAUUUUUUAGAGUUGAAGAAUUACCAGUAAUUAAUCCAAUGCUACUAAAUGAAGAAUUGAAAGAAUUGAAAGAAAGAUUGCAAUCUGAAAACUCCGAGCUGGAGAAGAAAGAAAAAGAAUUCAAUAUUUUUAUAUACGAGGCAGCUAGAGAAAUAGGCUUGCACCUAGUAUUAGUUCAGGUCAAUUGCUGUCUAUUCAGCCCAUUUUUGAGUCCGAUAAUUAAAAUCUUCGCACAACAUCCAAACAGGCCACAGUCAUUCAAGAUGGAAGACUACUUAUUCUAUCAGAACGGUCGGUAA